CUCCGGAAACGUUUUUUAGUUGUGUCUGACUGCUAAAAAUAUUUCAUCCGACAAGUUGAAUUUCAGGUUCCAUGAGAGGCUGUUAUGGAACCUACUAAAUCAAAAUCAUCCGCUCGCUGCCACGAGGGAAAACGUGACGUGCAUCCCACGCCGACCAAGAAAGAUGCCUACGCCAGACUGCUCGGGCAACACCAAAGCAUCAAAUUCAAAUCUUACCUAGAGCAGUUCGCCCAGCCAGCGUUGUUGAUUGAAGACGGUGAGGUGAGCCCUCCUCUGUCCACACCUGCGUGCCCUUCAGGCCACCGCGAGAAAGAGGAGACGAGGAAGAGAGGACAGUCUUUCACGGACGGCGCCGAAUCCGGCACAGGCGCACCGCCGCGUCACAACAAACAUGAGAAAUGUACCGACAAACCCUCCAAGCAGGGCCAAUCCCCUGUGGUGAGCAAAAAGCUUAACCAGGAGAACAAGAGAGAUGUCAGGCCCACGCUGGGAGGGCAUGUAGACUUGGGGGAGGGUGGUCACCAAAGGGUUGAGCUGCUGUGUGAGGACCUAAACCACAAAGGCAGUAAGGCCAGUGCAGAUGAGGAUGCGACUCAAGGCCCAAGAUGGAAGCCUUUCAAACCACCUCAGCAGACCCCUGAGAUGGAUCCCAAGAACAAAAAGGAUCCGUCUAAGAAGAAAUCAAGGAAAAAGAAUAACGCUAAAGCGGAUUCAGAGAAUAAGCAGGAGCAGACACAACUUGUGGUGGAGAGCGAGAGUGUGUGUGACGCUAAGGCUUCGCCUGCCGUUGUGAGACAACAGAAAUUGCAAGGAUCAAAUGUGUGCUCGUCCGCCGAAAAAUCCAAAAAGAACAAGGGUGCACGGGGCUCAAGAAGAAGGGUAUUUGAGGAGUACAUGAAUGUGCAGGAUGUCUCAUCAGGCUUAAAAAGAGGAGAAUUGUUUCAGGGUGCACUGAGAAUCAACCCCAAGAAUUUCCAGGAAGCAUUUGUUCCAUCUCCAGAUGGCCUGUCGGACAUCUUUCUGGAUGGACUCGUGGCCCGCAACAGGGCACUGAAUGGAGAUGUGGUGGCUGUGCAGAUCCUGCCUCCGGACCAGUGGAAGGUAGCAAAGACGGACACUGAUGUUCCAGAGACCGUUUCAAAACACAAACUGAAGGAGUCGUCUGCGGGCCCUGACGUCAUUGUGGAAGCGCAGUACACUGAUGAAGACACAUUGGCUAAGGGUGUCGAAAAGCUUCGCCUGCAGGGUAAAGCUGAUCCAGGAAAAGAGGGAGAGCCCAACACUUCGACCUCCUCCACCGAGCGACCUCCUCAGAGGACUGGGAAGGUGGUUUACAUUGUGGAGGCGAAGCACUCGCGCGCUGCCUCUGGUUUCAUCAAGUUCCUCCCCGAUAAGAACUUUGCCAUGUUCGCCCCCGUGGACCACCGCGUGCCCAGGGUGAACAUCCCCCUGGAAGACUGCCCCGCCAACUUCACUGCCCGCCCUGGUGACUACACCAACACACUCUUCGUCUGUCGAAUCACACACUGGCCCUCGGAUAACACCUUUGCAGAGGGGCGCUUGGCCAAGACGUUGGGUCAGGCGGGGGAGGUGGAGCCGGAGACGGAGGCAGUGUUGAUGGAGUACGACGUGGACUUCUCUGAGUUCUCAGAGGAGGUGCUGGCCUGCCUGCCCCAGCUGCUGCCCUGGACCAUCCCCCCGGAGGAGAUCCGCAAGAGGAGAGAUCUGAGGAAAGAAUGCAUUUUCACAAUAGACCCUUCUACUGCCAGAGAUUUGGAUGAUGCCCUGUCCUGCAAGCAGCUACCUGAUGGAAACUUUGAGGUUGGAGUUCACAUUGCGGACGUCAGUUAUUUUGUCGAACAAGGAAACGCACUGGAUUUCAUUGCAAGUCGACGGGCCACAAGUGUUUACUUAGUUCAGAAGGUGAUCCCGAUGCUGCCGCGUCUGCUCUGUGAGGAGCUGUGCAGUCUGAACCCUCUGACAGACCGGCUCACCUUCUCCGUCAUAUGGAAGCUCUCUCCGCAGGGAAAGAUCUUGAGCGAGUGGUUUGGGCGCUCUGUGAUCCGAUCGUGCGUGAAGCUGAGCUACGACCACGCACAGAGCAUGAUCGAGGCGCCGGACAAGCUGUUCAGCGCUGCCGAGCUUCCGCCCUGCGCCCCUGAGCACCCUAUCGACGAGAUCCACCAGGCCGUCCUCAACCUGCACGCCAUCGCCAAGGAGAUGCGGGCCCAGCGCUUCGGCGGAGGAGCACUGCGUCUCGAUCAGCUGAAGCUGUCCUUCACAUUGGACCAGGAGACGGGGAUGCCCCAAGGCUGUUACGUCUACGAUUACCGGGACAGCAAUAAGCUGGUGGAGGAGUUCAUGCUGCUGGCCAACAUGGCUACCGCCCACCAGCUGUACCGCACCUUCCCCGAGCUGGCCCUGCUGCGACGCCACCCCCCGCCCCAGACCAAGAUGGUGGACGACCUGCAGGAGUUCUGCGACCAGAUGGGCCUGGACAUAGACCUCUCGUCUGCAGGCUCACUGCAUAAGAGCCUCCACCAGACCCUGGGUGAUGACGAGUACACUGCCGCCAGGAAAGAGGUCCUCACCAACAUGUGCUCCAGACCAAUGCAGAUGGCGGUGUAUUUCUGCACCGGCAUUGUUCAGGACGAGAAGCUUUUCCGCCAUUAUGCCCUCAACGUGCCCCUCUACACCCACUUCACCUCGCCUAUCAGACGCUACGCCGACGUCAUCGUCCACAGGCUGCUAGCCGCCUCAAUUGACGCUGGUCCUCGGCUGGCUCUGAAUGGAGACCAGGUCCACAAGCAGGCGGAUCACUGUAACGACAAGAAGACCGCCUCAAAAAGGGUGCAGGAGCUCAGCUCUGAGCUCUUCUUCAGCAUAUUCGUCAGGGAGAGUGGUCCCCUGGAGUCUGAGGCCAUGGUGAUGGGAAUUCUCGACCAGUCCUUCGACGUGUUGGUUCUUCGCUACGGGGUGCAGAAAAGGAUCUAUUGCAACGCUCUGGAGUCCCUGGAGAGUCAUCACUACAAGAAGGUGGGCAAGCGGCCAGAGAUGACCCUGGUAUGGGCCAACCCAGAAGGGGGCACCACACGACAGGAGCUGUCUAUAUUCACCCUGUUGUCAGUGCAGCUGAAGGCAGACAAAGCUCCAAUGAAAUAUAGUGCCGUUCUGAAGAGGCCAGACAAGGCACCAUAAGUUCCAUAUACCCACUUCCCUUGCACACACAGGAGCCUAUUUGCUUUAUUUGGUUCUGUUGUCUAAAGAGAAUCGGAAGGCAGCGUGAAUCCAUUAACCUUGCACACUCACACACACGCACACAAACACACACAAGGCUUUUUUAAAAAUUAUUAUUAAAUUAAGUCAUUGUUUGGAUUAAAACACAUCUGCAAGUUCGA